AAGAGUAAACUAUGCCCAUAACUGCUUCAACGAGCGGCAGCAAGUUAAUUUUCAAGAAACCAUAUAAGAAACACAAAACAAUAAGAAAUUUAAAUAUCCAGAAAAUAAAUAUUUAAACAAUUCCUUCAAAUAAACACCUUUUUAAAGUGACCGGGAAGGUAGAAAAGUUAAUUAUACAUAGGUACUAUCUGUACUUAUUGUAUAUUGCCAGAAGAUAAUUGUAAAUAAUCAACACAUUUCUAGAAAUUUUACUUUUGUUAAAAAGAUUCCAAGCUUUAUAUAAAACUGCAGUUAUGGUACAAUCAUGUAGUGCUUACAAUUGUACUGAGCGGUAUAAACCUGGUUCAGGUGUAUCAUUUCAUGUAUUUCCUGAUGAUCCAGAGAUUAAGAAAAAAUGGCUUGUCAAUAUGCGACGUAAAAAUUUUACGCCAACCAAAUAUACUAGACUUUGUUCCAAACAUUUUGCACCUAGUUGUUACUUUAAAAAUGGUUGGAGUUCAAAGAAAGCUCUUAAAUUGGAUGCUGUUCCUACUAUAUUUUCUUUUCCUGAUCAACCAGAGAAUGAGAGUCAUAUUGAGGAUUCCCCUGAAUCCAGUAGUUGUCAAGAUGAUAUUGAUAUGUUACUGGAAAACAAACCCGAUACAAAUCAUAUAUUUUUACCGAGGCAUGAAGAAUCCACACCCGAAACUUCUUCAGAUACAGGAGGAAAAAGUUCAAAAAGAAAGAAACGGCAAACUUAUCUUGGCGAUUUUAAAGAGACACAAUUAGUGAAUGAAAAAUACAAAUUUACAGUUAAAAGAAUACUUACAAAGAAACAACAACAAAUAAAAAUGCUCCAGCAAAGGAAUAGAAGACUUGAACAAAAGGUUGCUAAACUGACAUCUAUAUUAAAUUACAUUUUAGAACAGGAGAGUGAUUGAGAGAUAAUAACUGUUCUCUUUUCCAAUGGUAUCAGUUUUAUCAAUGGGCUACCAACCAAAAUAAGUUGGGAAGAUAAUGUGUCAUAAAUAUGACAAAAUAAUUGAUUUGAUGUUUUAAACAAUUUAAUUAAAUUGUUAAUUAAAUUAAUGAGUUAAUUUCAUAUAGACUGUACAAUGGGAUGAUCCCUGACAGUCAUAGUUCUAUCUGUCCUUUUAAUCAAUCAAAAGGCAAAUUUUCUGUCAUUUUUGAAUGCCAUCUGUUCAAAUCUUCCCUGAGUUGUUGGACAGACUAUAUAUUUUGAGUUACUAUUUAAGUGGUAAGGAUUGUACAAACACUAAAAAACAUUUGAUUUAAAGCUAAGAAAAUCAUUGUAAUAAACUUUAUACUGUAUCUGUGUACCAAUAUCCUCUGGUUGUGUGCUAGGAAGUAAAUUUUCCUCAAUUUGUUUUUGUGCUUCCGAAUAAUGACUUCAGCUCAUUUGCUAGCUCAGAAUUAGAAUUAUUAGAGUUAAGCAACUCGCAUUUUUAUUGGAGGACAUUGUUAUAAAAUUCUUAAUCUAAGGUUAUAAACUGCCCGUCAAAUUAAAUACGACAGCGCGAUUUUUUUACUCAUUUUCAACGAGUUGUAACUUUGAAAAAAAUGGACCAAUUUUGUUGAUUUUUUUAGCAUAUUAAAGAUCGGUUAUUGUAAAUUGAUCUGAUUUUUCUCAAUUUUGUAUGAGAUUUAGUUUUCUAUGAUAUACAGGG